GAAGCGGAAGUCGUAGAGCCGGAAGUAGCGUGUAAGCGUGGAGAGUGAGACACGUGAGACGAGCAAGACACAUCCAACAUGAAGAUAAAGAAGGAGAAGCGAGAGGAGGAAGAAGAGACCGAGGUUGCUGCAAUAGCCCCGGAGCGCACGUAUGAGGAGCAGCUGGAGAAUCUGAAUCCUAUAGCGCAGCCCCUGGCGGGGAGGAAGCUCACCAAGAGGCUGUACAAGUGCAUCAAGAAAGCUGUCAAAAAUAAGAAUAUCCGAAGAGGAGUAAAGGAGGUUCAGAAGUUCAUCAAUAAAGGAGAGAAGGGCAUUGUUGUACUUGCUGGUGACACACUCCCCAUUGAAGUUUAUUGCCAUGUUCCUGUCAUGUGUGAAGAGCGCAACAUACCAUAUGCAUAUGUCCCUUCUAAAUCGGACUUAGGUGGUGCUGCUGGCUCCAAACGUCCAACCUGUGUAAUAAUGAUCAAAUGUAAUGCUGACUAUGAAGAUGCAUAUAAUGACUGUUUUGAGGAGGUACAGGCACUUCCUUUACCCUUAUGAGGGUCUUUGAAUUACCCAGAGUCAAACCAUGGAAAUUAUUAUUUUUUUUUUUAUUUUUUAUUUUUUUGGGAGAGAGAAGCCUCUAAUCUAGACCAGAUUUUUCUAUGAUGGAUUUUCAGUUCCCUUGCAUAUUGAAGAACACCUUUUACUGCAUUUUUAAGGUUGUCUUCUCACAGGUUUCACUGUAGUUUGGACUUCUUAUUCUUUCUAAAAUAACCUUUUUUUUUUUUUUUCCUUGUAUCAUAUUUUAGCUGUUAAAUGAAACGAUUGUGUAGGUGAAUGG